GAGUAAGCCGUAAACUAAAGACGAUAGUACCUACGGAUUAUGGGCUACGGCGUUUUAGUAUUUGAAUAUUAAUUAUUAUAUAGUUUUUGUAAUUCGCGCCUCCACGAUAUGGGCGAGCAACAUUGAACAUGGUAUGAUUAAGUUCAUUCAAACGUCAUGCGCCUGGCGAAAAGAUCCGACCGCCAAAAAGUUACACGAUUAUUCCGUUUCCGUGUUGUUUACAAUAACUCGCUUUAUCUAUUCGUACUUGUAAUAUUAGGUUAGGUAGCUUUACAGUUUUCAGUAUUUUUAGCCAAUACUUUUGUUGUAUGAAUAAAACCAUAAGUUCAAACGUGCGAUAUUGUGUGAAACGUGCGUACAUUACUUAUAUCAAUCUAAUAAUUAUUCUAAUUAGUAAUUACAAAUUAGUAGAGAUAGCAGUGCGUCGUCGUUAAUCGUUACGACCUAUUAUAUUAUUUUGAAUUUUAAACGUGAUGUCGGUCUGUCGAGCUGCUCAGUGAUUAUGUUUGUCGACGAUCUGGUAAAAGGGUUUUAUGACGUCGUUUCAAAAAAUAAAGUUUUAAUUUUGGUAAAUUAUGAUGUGGAUGCAAUUUGUGCUGCAAAAAUAUUUCAAUAUAUAUUACGUUUUGAUAAUGUCGUUUAUGUGCUUGUGCCUGUAAAAACCACUACUGAAUUGAAAAAAACUUAUGAGGAACAAAAAGCUGGUGUAAAGCAUAUAGUGUUAAUUAACUGUGGCGGUUCAUUAGAUAUAAUAGACAUUUUAGAACCAGAAGAAGAUAUAAUUUUUUUUAUUACUGAUAGUCAUAAACCAACUGAUAUCUGCAAUGUAUACAGUAGUUCGCAAAUAAGACUCCUAGCUACACCUGAGGAAGAUGAAAAAAUACCUGAGUUUGAUGAAAUAUUUAGAGACGAAGAGUCAUCUGAAGAUGAUUCUAAUUCUGAUGAACCUAAUGAUGAUUCAAAUAAUGAUAAUAUUGAAAAACGUCAAAACAGAAGAAGAAUGCGUCAGCAAAAUGCAUUCAUAAAAAGAAAAGAAAGAAGAAAUUGGGAAGAAAAAAGAAAAAAGCUUUUAUUUGAUUACACUCAAUUUUCAUACUAUGGAAGAUCGAGUGCUAUAUUGAUGUAUGAUCUAGCUUGGAAAUUACAUAGAGAAUCUGUUGAUGUAUUGUGGUGGGGUAUUAUUGGUGUAACUGAGCAAUUUAUUUUUGGUAAAACUGAAAAUAUGCGUUACUUAAAAGAAAUUGAGUUAAUUGGUGAUCAUAUUGGUCGUAUUUGUGAAUCUACUAUUAUUCAUAACAAUUUGAAUUCUGCAUCACAGCCUGUACCUUCUAAUGAUACUACAAAUUUAAGAAUUGAAUCUGAAAAAGAUUUGUUAUUAGCCUUAUAUAGACAUUGGACAAUUGAAUCAAGCAUUCGAUUCUCUAUGUUUACUGCUGUAUCUUUAAAACUUUGGACUGUAAAAGGAGAGAAAAGAUUGAAACAAAUUUUAGCUGAAAUGGGGUUACCUUUAUCGGAAAGUCGUCAAAUGUACCAUUCUAUGGAUUUAAAUUUGCGAAAACAAUUUUUUGGGAUGAUGGAAAAAAUGUCUAACACUCAUAAUUUGUUAAACUUGACUUACCCUUCAUUUAUUUUGUAUCAAGGCUUUAAAACCCGGUACCAAAGUGCUGAUUAUGUAUAUUCAAUGAUUGCUACUUUAGAAAGUAAUAUUCAUGGAAAUUCAUCUACAGAGUGUUUUUAUAAUACAAUGGAUUUAUUGUCUCGGAGAAAUUAUUAUAGAUCCAAAAAAAAUUUAUUAGAUGAAGGAAUAGAAAGAGCAAAAUGGGUAUUGACUAAUAUGUUUAGGCACAUACAAGCAGCAUUAGAUAUGAAACAAGUGAUAUUAGCUGGUCCAUUUUAUUACUUAAUUGUCCAAGAGGGUACAUUAAAUUCACAGCAUUAUUCCAAUCCACAACUUUUAGUUAUGUUAGCUUCAUUUGCAUUGAGGGCUCAAGUUGCAUCAUCAAAUAAAAAUAAAAAUGUUCGUUUACCAUUAAUUGCUUCAGCAGUUCUUGAUUCAGCCAAAGAAACUUGUAUUGUAGUUGGUAUUCCUCCUAUAACAGAAUCAUUGCCUAGAAGUUUUUUUGGAAAAGCAUUUGAGCAAGUAGCCAAUAAAACGAGUAUAGAUAUUUCACUAGAUUACUUUGAUUCAUCUAUUGCUACAAUACAAAUUAAAGAUCGACCAACAUUUUUUGAUGCAUUAACAGCAUUACUUAGUUGACAGUCUAUAUUUAUAAAAUUAUAAUCUAAGGCAUGUCAUAGGUAAUUAAUAUUUGUAAUUUGUUUUUUUUUUUUUUUAGAAUUUUUAAUAAAGAUUUAUAAAUAAUGUAUUGUUAUAUAACUAGUUAUAAAAAAUACUAUGUCUUAAAAAUUGAUUUUAAGUGUAUAAAUGUUUACUGGUACUAUUUAUUUGUUCUAUUGAUAAAAUGAUUUUCACUCAAAUAAUUAAAUACUAGACUAAAGAUUUUUGAACUCCUAUUUUAAUAUUCUAUUAAUAAUA